AAUCAUAAAAUAUUGUUAAUUGCAUAAAUAUUAUAAGAAAAUGCCUGCUAAUUAGUGAAGAGUGCUUUGAAAUACAAAAAAUGGCUGAAGCUGGCAAGGCAAAAGUGCUACAAAACACUGGCAAAUUUGUGAGUGAGACGCGUGCCGAGGGCGACGACUUCUUUAAUGAGGCGGGCUACCGUCAGUCGCGUGAGAACGAUAAAAUCGACUCGAAAUAUGGCUUCGAUCGGGUGAAAGAUAGCGUGGAACGCACUGGAUACUUGAUAAACAUGCACUCGAACGAAGUGCUGGAUGAUGAUCGGAGAUUGGUGGCCGCUUUGGACAUGUUUUUCAUACAGAUGGACGGAUCCCGAUUUAAGUGCACAGUGGCAUAUAAACCGUAUUUGUUGAUUCGUCCCGAGGAGAAUAUGCACCUGGAGGUGGCACGCUUCCUGGGACGCAAGUACUCCGGCCAAUUGGCCAGUCUGGAGCAUGUCAACAAGGAGGAUUUGGACUUGGCGAAUCAUCUGUCGGGAUUGCAGCAACAUUAUCUCAAAUUGUCAUUUUUGAAUCAAACGGCAAUGACAAAGGUGCGCAGAGAAUUAAUGGCUGCAGUGCGUCGGAAUACGGAGCGGGAAAAGUCCAACACUUACUACAUGCAAAUGUUGGCUAAUUCAUUGGCCAAGGGAUCCUCCUCCUCCUCGGCGGAGGAUGCGGGACAGAAACGGCAACAGGAUUAUAUGGAUUGUAUAAUGGAUAUCAGGGAACAUGAUGUACCCUACCAUGUGCGUGUCUCCAUCGAUCUGCGCAUCUUCUGUGGACUGUGGUACAACAUACGUUGUCGCAGCGGCACCGAGAUGCCAGUGAUUACACCACGUCCGGAUAUACUGGACAGACCGGAGCCGGUGGUUCUGGCAUUCGAUAUCGAAACCACAAAGUUGCCUUUGAAAUUUCCGGAUGCCCAAACCGAUCAGAUUAUGAUGAUCUCCUAUAUGAUUGAUGGUCAGGGUUAUUUGAUAACGAAUCGUGAGAUUAUCUCCUCCAAUGUGGAUGACUUUGAGUAUACGCCCAAGCCGGAGUUUGAGGGCAACUUUAUUGUGUACAACGAGGAGAAUGAGAUGCAGUUGCUCCAGAAAUUCUUUGAUCAUAUUAUGGAGGUGCGUCCGCACAUUGUGGUCACCUACAAUGGUGACUUCUUCGAUUGGCCCUUUGUGGAGACGCGAGCGGCGGUCUAUGAUCUGGAUAUGAAGCAGGAGAUUGGUUACUCCAAGAUGCGGGAUGGCAACUAUUUGUGUCGUCCCUCCAUACACAUGGAUUGCCUGUGCUGGGUGAAGCGAGAUUCAUAUUUACCCGUCGGUUCUCAAGGCCUAAAAGCCGUAGCCAAGGCCAAAUUACGUUAUGAUCCUGUAGAGCUGGAUCCGGAGGAUAUGUGUAGGAUGGCAGUGGAGCAGCCUCAGGUGCUGUCCAGUUACUCCGUCUCGGAUGCGGUGGCCACUUACUAUCUGUAUAUGAAGUAUGUGCAUCCAUUUAUAUUCGCUUUGAAUACGAUUAUUCCCAUGGAACCGGAUGAGAUCCUGCGCAAGGGAUCGGGAACCCUGUGUGAGACGCUGCUAAUGGUGGAGGCUUACCAUGCCAACAUUGUCUAUCCCAACAAGCAGCAGAGUGAGCUGAACAAACUGUCCCAGGAGGGACAUGUCCUCGAUUCCGAGACCUAUGUCGGUGGUCAUGUGGAGGCGCUGGAAUCGGGUGUAUUUCGGGCGGAUAUACCCUGUCGUUUUCGCUUGGAUCCCAGCAUGGUGCAGCAGCUGAUGGAGCAGGUGGAUGCAGUGCUCCGGCAUGCCAUAGAGGUGGAGGAGGGCAUUCCCCUGGAUCAGGUCAACAAUUUGGAGCAGGUGAAGCAGGAAAUACUGCAAGGAUUGCAGGGAUUACAUGAUAUACCCAAUCGACUGGAGCAACCGGUCAUCUAUCACUUGGAUGUGGGUGCCAUGUAUCCCAACAUCAUCCUGACCAAUCGCCUGCAACCUUCGGCCAUGGUGAAUGAACUGGACUGUGCCGCCUGUGACUUUAAUAAGCCCGGAGUGCGUUGCAAGCGCUCCAUGGAUUGGCUGUGGCGUGGCGAGAUGUUGCCCGCCUCCCGCAACGAAUUCCAGCGCAUCCAACAGCAGCUGGAGACGGAGAAGUUCCCCUCCCUCUUUCCGGGUGGUCCCACCCGUGCCUUUCACGAGCUCUCCAAGGAGGAUCAGGCGGCCUACGAGAAGAAGCGACUCUCGGACUACUGUCGCAAGGCCUAUAAGAAGACCAAGAUAACCAAACUGGAGACGAGAAACUCGACCAUCUGUCAGCAGGAGAACAGCUUCUAUGUGGACACGGUGCGUGCUUUCCGGGAUCGUCGCUAUGAGUACAAGGGAUUGACCAAAACCGCCAAGGCGGCGGUGAAUGCAGCGGUGUCCUCCGGCGAUGCGGCCGAGAUUAAGGCGGCCAAGGGACGUGAGGUGUUGUAUGACUCACUGCAGCUGGCACACAAGUGCAUCCUCAACUCCUUCUACGGCUAUGUGAUGCGGCGAGGAGCACGCUGGCAUUCCAUGCCCAUGGCUGGCAUUGUUUGUCUCACCGGCUCCAAUAUCAUUACCAAAGCCCGUGAGAUUAUCGAGCGUGUGGGACGUCCUUUGGAGCUGGACACGGAUGGCAUCUGGUGCAUAUUGCCGGGUUCAUUUCCACAGGAGUUCACUGUGCACACCUCGCAUGCAAAGAAGAAGAAGAUAAAUAUAUCCUAUCCCAAUGCGGUGCUGAAUACCAUGGUCAAGGAUCACUUUACAAAUGAUCAGUAUCAUGAACUCAAAGUGGGCACAACUCCGCCGGAAUAUGCGAUACGUGAGGAGAACUCUAUAUUCUUUGAGGUGGAUGGUCCCUACCUGGCCAUGGUCCUGCCCGCCGCCAAGGAGGAGGGCAAGAAGCUGAAGAAACGCUAUGCAGUCUUCAAUUUCGAUGGUUCCUUGGCGGAACUCAAAGGAUUCGAGGUGAAGCGACGUGGUGAACUUCAAUUGAUUAAGAAUUUCCAGAGCUCCGUCUUUGAAUCCUUUCUGGCGGGCAGCACACUGGAGGAAUGCUAUGCUUCAGUGGCCAAGGUGGCGGAUUACUGGCUGGAUGUGCUUUACAGUCGUGGCUCCAAUCUGCCAGACUCGGAACUGUUCGAGCUGAUUGCGGAGAACAAGUCCAUGUCCAAGAAGCUGGAGGAGUACGGAGCACAGAAGAGCACCUCCAUAUCGACGGCCAAGCGAUUGGCCGAGUUUCUGGGCGAGCAGAUGGUCAAGGAUGCGGGCUUGGCCUGCAAGUAUAUCAUAUCCAAGAAACCGGAAGGUGCUCCCGUCACGGAGCGAGCCGUGCCUUUGGCCAUCUUCCAGUCGGAGGCGAGUGUGCGGCGUCAUCAUCUGAGGCGUUGGCUCAAGGACAACACCAUGGGGGAUGCGGACAUUCGAGAUGUCCUGGAUUGGAACUAUUACAUUGAGAGAUUGGGCGGAACCAUACAAAAGAUCAUUACCAUACCGGCUGCCUUGCAGGGAUUGCCCAAUCCGGUGCCCCGGGUGCAACAUCCCGACUGGCUGCACAAGAAAAUGCUGGAGAAGAAUGAUGUGCUGAAGCAGCGACGCAUUAAUGAGAUGUUCACAAGCAGACCGAGACCUAAGCCGGCACUGGCCACGGAGGACAAGCAGCUGGAACUGGACAUGGAGGAUCUAGCUGGCCGGGAUCAGGAGGUGGCCUCCACUUCCGGCAGAGCCGUCGUCACCAAGCGCAAGCGUGUUGAGCUGGAGGGGGAGGAGCAGGAAGAAGCAGAGACAGCAGACACACCCAAGACAUGGCGUCAAGCAUUGGGUGCACCUCCUCCCAUUGGCGAGACCCGCAAGACGAUUGUGGAGUGGGUGCGCUUCCAGAAGCGCAAGUGGGCGUGGCAGCAGGAGCAGCGACAGAAAUGCAGGCAACAAUCUAAGCGACAACGUGGACCAAAUGAGUCAACGGGAGUCGAUGCAACCACAUCGAGAGCAGGAGGAACUACAGCCGUGGGCACACUCGGAGGCUUCUUGAGACGCGCACAGCGCACGUUGUUGGAUCAACCCUGGCAGAUCAUCCAGCUGGUGCCUGUUAAUGAUCUGGGACUGUUUACAGUCUGGGCGAUGAUUGGGGAGGAGCUGCAUCGCAUUAAGUUGACAGUGCCACGAAUCUUCUAUGUGAAUCAACGCAGUGCAGCGCCUCCAGAGGAGGGACAACUUUGGAGGAAAGUCAACCGAGUCUUGCCCCGAUCCCGACCAGUUUAUAAUCUUUAUAGAUAUAGUGUGCCGGAGCAGCUCUUUCGGGAUAAUUGUCUGGGCAUGCUGGCGGAUCUGGCAACUCCCGAUAUCGAGGGCAUCUACGAAACGCAGAUGACACUCGAGUUUCGCGCCUUGAUGGACAUGGGAUGCAUCUGCGGCGUGCAGCGGGAGGAGGCACGUCGUCUGGCCUUGUUGUCCACGCGGGAGCUGGAAACCUUCAACAUUGAGCAACUGGAGCAGCGUCCACAAUCCCACAUUCGUUAUCUGCAGGGAAUGCAGCAAGGGAAUACCAGGCUGAGGAAGAUCUAUCUGUAUCAGCACAAUAUACCCACGGCCAAGAAGGAGAUCUGGGCACUGUUUCUGCUGCCCUUGAAGAAGGCCAUGAUCUUUGCCUUGGACACAGUGCGCACCAAUCAAAUGCCCAACAUGAAGCAGCUGUACAAUGCAGAGCGUCUAGCUCUUUUGAAGAAUCUGCCAACGGCGGAUAAAUUGCCAGCAGAGGAUUUCAGCUUUGAGCUGCUCAUCGAGGUGGAUGUCAAGCAGAUUUAUAGGCACAUUCAACGCGCCUUGACAGGCUACAAACAGGAGCAACCUGGUCCAACGUUGCUCUGUCUGCAGACGGCGCACGAGGCAAGGAAAUUGAGUAAUCUGAUGCCUGUGCUUUUGGAAUUCCCACAGGCUCAGAUUCACAUUACGGAUGAUGCGAGUUUGCUGUCCGGCUUGGAUUGGCAGCGACAAGGAGCCCGUGCCGUGAUCCGUCACUUUUUGAAUCUGCAAAAUGUGCUGGAGCUAAUGUUGGAUCAGUGUCGCUACUUCCAUGUGCCCAUUGGCAAUAUGCCGCCGGAUACGGUGCUGUUUGGAGCGGAUCUCUUCUUUGCCCGCCUGCUGCAGAAACACAAUUUUGUGCUGUGGUGGAGUGCGAGCACACGUCCCGAUCUUGGAGGUCGUGAGGCGGACGACAGUCGUCUGCUGGCGGAAUUUGAAGAGAGCAUCUCAGUGGUGCAGAAUCGUGCCGGUUUCUAUGGCGAUGUGUGUGUGGAACUCGCUCUCGACAGCCUGGCAGUGAGUGCUCUACUUCAAUCCCACAAGAUACAGGAAAUGGAAGGCGCCUCCUCGGCCAUCACCUUUGAUGUGAUGCCUCAGGCCUCGCUGGAGGAGAUGAUUGGCACUGUUCCCGCUGCCACAUUGCCUAGCUAUGAUGAGACUGCUCUCUGCUCCGCCGCCUUCCGAGUAAUGCGCUCCAUGGUCAAUGGUUGGCUGCGUGAGGUCUCCAUUAAUCAAAACAUAUUCUCCGAUUUUCAAAUUGUACACUUUUAUCGCUGGGUGCGUUCCAGCAAUGCGUUGCUCUAUGAUCCCGCCUUGCGAAGAUCCCUCAACAAUCUGAUGCGCAAAAUGUUUCUGCGAAUUAUUGCGGAAUUUAAGCGACUGGGUGCAACAAUAGUCUAUGCGGAUUUCAAUAGAAUUAUACUUAGUUCCGGCAAGAAAUCGGUAUCCGAUGCCUUGGGCUAUGUGGAUUACAUAGUGCAGAGUCUGCGCAACAAGGAAAUGUUCCAUUCAAUUCAGCUGAGCUUCGAGCAAUGUUGGAACUUUAUGCUCUGGCUGGAUCAGUCCAACUUUUCGGGCAUUCGAGGCAAGUUACCCAAGGGCAUUGAUGAGACGGUGUCCGCCAUUGUGGCAGGCAGCCAAAGUCAGGGAAGAAAUCAGCAGGAGGAGCAAGAUGACGACGACGACGACGAUGAUGAUGAUGAUGAUGAAGUGCAGCAGAUUGAACAGCUUGUUGAACCUGAACAGGAGGAGGAGGAGGAGGAGCUUUCCCUUGAACUCAACUGGACAAUUGCCGAGCAGCUGCCGGAGGAGAACGAAUGUCGCGAGAAAUUUGAAUCUCUGCUCAGUAUCUUUAUGCAAUCCAUGGCGGAGCGCAAGAGCACGGAGCAGGCCAUCAAGGAUAUAUCCCACUGUGCCUUUGAUUUUGUGCUCAAGCUGCACAAGAACUACGGCAAGGGCAAGCCCUCUCCGGGCUUACAGUUGAUCAGGACCAUUGUAAAGGUCCUGAGUGUGGACAAGGGAUUGGCGGAGCAGAUCAACGAGCUGCGUCGCAAUAUGCUGCGUCUGGUGGGCAUUGGCGAGUUCUCCGAUCUCGCCGAGUGGACAGAUCCCUGUGAUACGUACAUCAUCAACGAGGUCAUCUGCAAGGCUUGCAAUCAUUGUCGCGAUCUCGAUCUCUGCAAGGACAAACAACGCGCCAUGAAGGAUGGCAUACCUGUUUGGCUGUGCGCCCAGUGCUAUGUGGCGUAUGACAACGAGGAGAUUGAGAUGCGCAUGAUCGACGUUGUCCAGCGGAAGGUGAUGUCCUAUGUCCUGCAGGAUCUGCGCUGUGCCCGCUGCAAUGAAAUCAAGCGCGAGAACUUGGCCGAGUUUUGCAGCUGCGCCGGGAACUUUGUGCCACUGAUCAGUGGCAAGGAGAUUGAAACGCUGCUCAACACAUUCAGCAGUGUUGCAAGCUACCACAAAAUGCAGCUGCUGCAACAGACGGUGCAACAGUCGCUGAAGACGCCACGUUAGACUUAAGAUUGGAUAAGAUAAGAUACUUUAAGAUACAGAUACUGAUGUGAAAUUGAAAUUGAUUUGCUUUGAUUUAAAAUAAACGUAAUUCUUUUUAUUAUUAGGAAAAUAUGAAAGUUCAUACAAAUGGGUU